GCCAGGCACUUCCUGUGCUCGGCCCCCUCCCGGGGAGGUGAGUGAGCCCCGCUCCCGGACAGGGGCCGCCCGGACCCCGGCUGAGCGAUGCCACCCUCAGGAGGUGAUCAUCCCCUGGGCUGAUCUCAUCCCCCCUUGGACGUGCCCCCCCCCCCAUACAGAUGGUGCUGCAGGGGGUCCAUUGCUGAUGCCAGGCAAUCCCCAGGGAGAUACGGCUGUGCUCCGGCUCAGAGACGGGCCAUGGCUACCCAGGUGGCUCCCCCAGCCGCUCUCAGGCUCCAGUUCCAGCCCCCACCGGGAUGUGGCCUGGUUCCCAAAGAGGAAGUGGAGGAACCGGAUGCCCACGGACCCGUCGACAUGGAGAUGCAUCGUCUGCGCUUCAGGGGGUUCCGCUACCAGGAGGCUGAGGGGCCCCGGCAGGCGUACGACCACCUCUGCCUCCUCUCCCGGGCGUGGCUGAGGCCGGAGCAGCGCUCCAAGGAGCAGUUGCUGGAGCUGCUGGUGCUGGAGCAGUUCCUGAGCAUCCUGCCCCAGGAGAUCCAGAGCUGGGUAGGGGAGUGUCACCCCCAGACCGGGGAGCAGGCCGUGGCUCUGGCGGAGGGUUUCCAGUUAGCCAAGGAAGAGCCUGGAAUAUGGCCACAGCAGGAGGAGCCGGGGACGUGGGAGAAGGAGGCUGCGUGUUCCUCCGUGGCAGAGCGGGCAGCGCUGGCCCCAGAACAUGGCAAGAUCUGCAGGGAGAUUAAGGAGGAGGAGGAAGAGACUCUGAUCUCGCCAGCAGGUGCCAGCACAGAGGAGGGGAAUCCCCAGCAGGAGGGGUCUGUGGAAGCAAAGACACAUGGGACGUCCCGGAGCGCCAAGCAGGGAGAUGCUGGUGGGGUGGGACAGCAGCAGGGAGACCCCCUGGGUAAUGGACUGAACUCAUCCGCUGAGCAUGAAAUGAGUUUCUCUGGCCUCGAGAGGAGACUUGAUCGGUCCAACUGCAGGGGCGAGAACCAGGGCGGGGCGUGCCGGCCACAGGGGGACCCCCCAGCUAAGACUCCCAAGGCCAGGCGCCCCAACGCCUGCGCCGUGUGCGGCAAGACCUUCAGCAACAGCUCCAACCUGAAGAAGCACCAGACCACCCACACCGGGGAGAAGCCCCACGGAUGCCCCCAGUGCGGCAAGCGCUUCAGCCACAGCUCCAACCUGCGAAAGCACGAGCGCACCCACACCGGCGAGCGCCCCUUCCGCUGCCCAGAGUGCGGCAAGAGCUUCCGCGAGAGCUCCAAGCUGCUCCGCCACCAGAACACCCACGGCCGCGAGCGCCCCUUCCGCUGCGCUGAGUGUGGCAAGGCCUUCGGCGACGUGGCCCGGUGUCUGCGGCACCAGGCCCGGCACACAGCGCGGGCCUACGCCUGUGGGGAGUGUGGCAAGAGCUUCCGCCAGAGCUCCACCCUGCUGCUGCACCAGCGCGUCCACACCGGAGAGAAGCCCUUCACCUGCCCCGACUGCGGCAAAAGCUUCAGCGUCAACGCCAACCUGGCGCAGCACCGGCGCACCCACACCGGCGAGCGCCCCUUCCCCUGCGCCCAGUGUGGGAAGCGCUUCACCCAGAAAGCCACCCUGGUCAAGCAUCAGCGCACCCACCGGCGCGGCGAGGGGGCUGGUGACGCUGCAGGGCCCAGGCUGGUGCAGCACCGGCGGUUCCUCCCGGAGCAGGGCCCUUCACCUGGCCAGAUGUGGGCAAUGCUGCGGCUGCAGCUGGGCGCCCGCUCACCUGCCCCAGGGCCACAGUGGAGGACUGGGGACGUGCCUAUGGGCUGAGAAAAGAGGGGGAUGUUGGCAUGGGGCGGGAACAUAGGCUCCUAUGGAGAGACCCCUUAGCCUGCCAGGAGAGAGCAUUACAGGACUUCAGGGGGGCCACCGUCCCUGAGAGAAAUGUCAAGGCCUCUGUUGGAGGCCAUGUGUGGGAGAGCGACAGUGAUUUUUGCCAGGGAGACGCUCGCCUGAGAGAUACCGGGGAGAGGCUGCAGGCUCCAUUUCUCUUUUAUUGGUAUUAUUUGUACUAUGGUGGCACUUAGAGACUCAAGGCUGGAGGAUGGGCUGCCUAAGGGGGCAGGGAAUGGGACAUGGAGCCUUUCCCCUCUAGGGGGCACCAGCUUUGAGCUAGCCACAGGAUGGAGGGACUGGCUGGCUCAGAGGUUGGAGAAUGGGACAUGGGGCCUGUCCCCCUGGUCACUUCAAAUGUCCUUGUUUUUCUUCACAAAUGUUAGAGAGACCUUCCAUGCCCACCUAGCCCCCCCAGAGACCAGUUCCUUAAUCGCCUUUAUGGCUGGACAGAUGGACUCUUCCAUGCAGGAGGGGAGAGUCCAUUUCCUUCUCCCCAGUGGCGCCUCCACCACCCGGCU